GGUGCCUACCUAUUUUUUAUUGUGUAUAAACCUGUAACCUAACUCUUGUGUAUGGCAGAAUUAAAUACUGCACCGGCACGCAGAUACAAGAAUACAAUUCGCGACUGCAAUUGGUUGACAAGGCGCAACAUGACACCAAACGGAAGCCAGGACAGCCCAUACUCAACUAAGAGAUUUUCAAAUGCGUCUGAAAUUGAUAAGACUUUAUUAGAAUACGAGGCUUUGAUAGACUGUAGAAGCAUUUCUGCUUGACAGUUGAGUAACAAUGUCGAUUAUUACAAACAAUUGUGGUAGAUCCUAAAAGAUUGUUUACCAAUAGUAAAACAAUUUAAGCUGAGUGCGCUACUCAGCGUAACACUUGGCGUAUGAGCCACGAGUACAGGUAGCAUGACUUAGUCUUUCUCGUUCUAGGCGUUCUGCCAUAACAAUGGCCCUCUCUUUUUGUGUUACGAAUAUGUUGCGAGAUUGAGCACUAUUUAUAAAGUUACAAUUACGGUAAUCCCUAUAUAGUAAUUAUUAUGCUGUUAAUCUGGCAGAGAACACCUAUUGAGUUUUUACUAGACAAUGUUUCGUGAAGUGAUUCACUGAAAUCAUUUUGGAGCGGUGUAUGCUUUGAUUCCUUUACUCCUUUAAUUACUUUAUGCACCUUGCAUCUAUGGCUUUUUACUUGGAUAACAGUUUUGAAAUCAUUAUUUUCUUUUCAAAGUUCCUAUAUGAUCUAUAAAGUUUAUGAAGCUUAACACCUAGCCUGUAGACUUGUAGGUGACCUAAUGGACCGUAACAGCUGACAGUGACUGCUACGACAAACAAUUAAAAGUAAAAAAAAUGCUGGUUGUUUUUAAUUUUCUUAAAUAAAUAUAUAUAUAUAUAUAAUAAAUUUUUAACAAAUAUUUAAAGGGAACGUGCCCCACAGCAAGCUUUAGAUCAUCAAGCAUCGCGAUAUUGCAGUCAUAGCAUGAGUCGGAAGCAACAGCUCUCUUACAACGCAUUGGGAAAAGAAGCUUCAGGAAGACAAAGAGAAUCCAGUUUUUUUUUAUUGUGAUAGCCUUCUCUAAUUCUUGGGUAACAUGGGAGUGCUAACCUCUUGCAAAUCAACAGUUCCGCAUUUUUUCUUAUUAAAUGUAAUCCUUGUUGCCAAAUAGUACAAGACUUUAGUGGAUAAAUUUGGUUUUCGAUAUCUGCGCCUAUGACGCUGCUUGAUUAGUGUUUUUAUGUAAACAUCCAUUCCCUAGGCGAGUCUUUAAUUCACUCAAUUCAUGGUAAUAGUAUGAGGUCAUUGAUUUAUUUUCUGCUGGUUAUUGAUCCAAUUGCUGCAUUAACAUGCGGUUUUUCGAAUCAAAUUAGGUGUACAAGGUGCGUCAUGUAGAAAUAUUUAGUCUAAACGAUACGAAAUGGAAUGGUUGUUCGGACGCAGGAAGACGCCGGAGGAAAUGCUACGAGAAAAUCAGCGGGCGCUAAACAAAGCAAUCAGAGAUCUUGACAGGGAAAAAGCAAAGAUGGAGCAGCAGGAAAAGAAGUUGAUUGCGGAUAUGAAGAAAAUGGCUAAAGAUAACCAGAUGGAAUCUGUCAAGAUUAUGGCAAGGGAUUUGGUGCGCACGCGCAGAUAUAUCAAGAAGUUCCUGCUCAUGAAGGCCAACAUACAAGGCGUUUCCCUAAAGAUCCAGACUCUUCGCUCACAAAAUGCGAUGGCGCAGGCCAUGCGCGGAGUGACCCGCGCAAUGGGAAGCAUGAACAGACAACUAAAUCUACCGCAGAUACAGAAGAUUAUGAUGGAGUUUGAAAAACAGUCUAUGAUGAUGGACGCUAAGGAGGACAUGAUGAACGACGCGAUCGAUGAUGCAAUGGAGGAUGAAGGAGACGAGGAAGAGUCCGAAGAGAUUGUCAACCAGGUUCUUGAUGAGCUGGGAUUGCAACUUGCUGCCAAAUUGACAGAACUCCCGGACACAGCAGGAGGUAGUGUACUACAGACCGGCACUGUUGCAAAAAAUUCACCUGUCGCCGAAAAUACUAGCGACGUAAACGACGCAGACGCCGACCUCAUGGCGCGACUCGAUAAACUCCGUCGCGAGUAGAUAUACAUUUACCGGUCUACCUAAUCAAAUGCCAGGACAGUAACAGUAACUGUUAUGUAGAUCAACGGUAUAUUUGUGAAGAAUGUUCUGUGUAUGAGAAAUUUAGGAAAACACAAGUAGCUAAACCCUAUAUACGGCCGCUUAUAUAUGGUGUGCGUCCGCCAUAAAAUAAUAUGAACGAGAAAAGUCGAAACCAUUCAAAAUGUAAACCUGUGACAAUCUGUUAUUAUACCUUAUUGUAGACACUGGUACUGUGGCGUUUAUAUGGUGUACGAAGACUCUCAUCCUGUUAUAGAGUCGCUUCGUAGUGGCAAGAGUUAUGGGUAAUGUAAUGGGUAAACGCGCAAAUAAAAUAGUAGGAGCGGUAAUUAAGCAGAGGAGACUAGAAAUUUGCAAGCAGAUUGGGAUCUGAUAUCUUUUCGGAUGAAUUUCGAUUCCGUAAAAAGUAUGAACUCCAUUGUUGCGAAUUGAUUACAAGUUCAAAAGUCGUGUUAAGUUAAAUGCAAAAAGAUAUUUUUUCCUUUCAUAUGACAGGUUAAACCUAGCCUCAGUCUAACAUACUUUCAUAACAUUUAGAAAAGUUUCAUGCAAGUUCACUAUUGGAGUUUACGUACUUGAUUUAGGCGGAACGGUAUUUGUUUCAGCAAAAAUGAGGCAUAAUAAUUUAGGGAUUUUUCCCCAAGUAAGUACUAUUAAUGGUCAAAACAGACCUUUAUUCUUUAAAAGUGGAUAUUUGUUUAUUUCCAAAAUCCCAUCUCGAUUUGCAGAAUCAUGGAAACAUAGAUACCUAGUAGAAAAGAAUUAUUACCCAAAAAACCUCCUUUCAAAAAAACUGGAAAAUAUCACUUGUGUCUAGGAUGUAUUCCUUACGUAUGCAAUAGAUGUGAGUUAAAUCAUUAACUCAUUGAGUCCUAAUCUAUGUCAAUACAGUUACCCCUGCUGAGCUAGUCGGUGAAGGACUGUUUGCUGCAAACAUCUCCCUAUCUUGAAAUAUUUUUGUCGUAAGAAAAAGGAAAUUGGUAGAAUAAUCAUGCUAUGUAAGCCGUUCCAUAAUUAAAGUUAUGUAACAUUCGUAUUGAUUACACAACUAUUUACUGCUAAGUAAACCGUCAUCAAUAUUGCCACAACCACAAGGGCGGCAUCUGUGUAAAUAUAACUCUAAGGGCAAAAAUAAAUG